AUGCCAGGGGCCCCACGUGACCCGAUCGUCCUGUCGCUGCGCCAGGGCAUCCUGUCAGAACUAGCUGACCAAGAGCUGCCAUCUGGCCUGAGUAGACGCCAGGCAACGCUUGGUGCCUGGCCGGGCUGGACCCACCUCCCACGUGGGCAGGACCGCUUCUGGGAACUCGACCAGACAAGAAAGCCUCCGUGUGCCCAGCUCUGGGAGCAGGAGUGGCCGGGGCUGUCCCACCCAGGUGUGGUCGGCACAGUGAGUCCGUGA